AUGUUACAGCAUGGUAUACUAGAACGACUUAAUGCUGGAGAAGUGAUAGUAGGGGAUGGCGGAAUGUGCCAUGCUCUGGAGAAACGAGGUUAUGUGAAAGCAGGACCUUGGACUCCCGAGUGUACAGUGGAACACCCUGAGGCUGGUGAGAAAAUGGCACAAUUUCCUUGUUCAAAAACUAUAAGCAGCAAGUUUAUUAAAAUUGCCAUCAUUGGUUAAAUUUGGGUCAUAAUUUGGCUCACAAAGAAAAAAAAUGACAUACUCAUUGAAUUAAGACUUAGUUAAUUUAACAUGGCCCAUAAUUUUAAAUGACGUGACCCUACCACAGACUAAUGAAAGGUCAAAAUUUGAAACCCAUCAUAUUCCCAUAAAGUUAAGAAAGGGACACUAUCCCAGGGCACAUUUACCCAUACCACAUUUAAGGGUAGUUCCCCAAUCAGUGGCAGACUUGUUUUUAGACCAAACCCAGGCGAAUUCAACCAAGAAAAAUCUUUUACAGAGUGGGUCCUCUUUAUGUGCUAAUCUCGAUGAGGACUCCCCUCCCUGCCUACCUCAAGGUCUGCAUCUGCCACUGCCGUCUGACCUUAGUUAAGGGCAGGAGAGCCAUGGCUUGGAGAACUAAUGGGAAGAGACAAGUUGAUGCUCAUAUAUAUACCACUUACACGUCUGGUCCAGUGGCAGAUCAGUAGGGGAGGGGUUCGGGGGGCCCAGUUCCCCCCUAAUUUUUCUUAGACAGUCCCCCCCUCCCUUAUCUCAGGGUCUGCAUGACUGGGCCACCCCUUAUCGGAAGGUCUGGAUCUGCCACUGUGGGUACACAUUUUUGCAUCUACAAUGGUUUCACCUUAUGACCAACCCAUUUAUACAACCACCUUGUUAUUAUGACCACAUUCUUUUGAACCAAAUGUAAAUUAUAAAAAAACAUGUUUUAUUAUUUUGAGGGCCUGCUUCCUUUGACCACCUCCUUAUUGGCCCAAAAGUGGUCAUGUUAUCACCAGGUUCCACUGUACUUUGUAUUGAUUUAUAUUUUCUUUAGUUCGGCAGCUACACCGGGAAUUUUUGCGUGCAGGAUCUGAUGUUAUUCAAGCAUUUACAUUUACUUUGGAUGAUGAUUUGGGAGGUGAACAUGCUAAACAUGGGGUUGGUAUUAUUUUAUCAUUAAAUUUUUUAGGGGCCACUGUCUUACUGGGGCUCCUUAAGAGGGGUACCGGCCCAAAACAUCAGGUUUGAUCUAAUGUACUGGGCCUUAGUUCUAAACUUUGUUUUUUGAUUUUCCCCAUGAAACAUAAUUGUAAAAUGAGGAUUUGGAUUCCCUCCCCUCCCCCUAAAAAACAGUCUUUAAAAGUAUUGUUUUGAAAUAUUGUUUCAGACCACCAAAAUAAACCAGGCAGCAUGUGACCUGGCCAAGGGCGUGGCCCAGGAGGGAGGGGCACUUUUUGCUGGAUCAAUCUGUCAGACUGCUUCACUGUAUUCAAGUGGAGCAGGGAAAAAAGUUGUCCAGGAGAAGUUUAAAGAGCAGAUUGAAAUUUUCCUUCGAAACAAUGUCGACUUACUCAUUGCUGAGGUAAAUAUUGUGCAGACAGCCAGUGCUUCUAUCAUGCAUCAUGCGAUCACCCAGUAUUCUUGAAAAUUUGACUAGAGUUUUCAAGUUUACACAUCAGUUUUGUGAAUUUUCUGAGACAAUUAGAGAUGUAAAUUAUCAUUGUGUCAGAAGGGUGCAUAAUUCCUAAUUGUGCCACUCAACAAACUUUUCUUUGUUUCAAUGCCACUUAAUUUAGCUGCACAAUUUUUUCAAGGCUUCUCUGAUGGCAGGCAACUGGUAUCUGUUUAAUUAAGGCUCAUCCACACUUUCUUUUUGCAAUCAUGCCUACGGUAAAUCCUCUAUUAAGCCCGCUCUCUCAAAUAAGUCCCCCCCCCUCUUUUCAGGCGAAGAAAGUUAAUAAACCCCUCCUCUCUUUUAAGCCCCCCGUCUCCUCCCCCUUAUUAUUCUUCACUAAUAAAUGAUAGACUGUAUUAAUCAAUCACGACUGUAAAACUUCAUUUGGACUGAUCCGGGAUUGUUUAUUAACAUGUUGGAAGGUUGGAUUUGUUUUUGAUCCUCACUGCAUGACCUUCAACUUCUUGUACUUGAGCUUAAUUUCCACUUUGCAUUCUAGGUCUUUAUGGAAGACUGAUACCACCAUCUUCACUAAAUUAAAUAAACUCCCCCUCUCCGAUAAGCCCCCUCGUUUCUAUUAUCCCUCCCUCAAACAAGUCUAAAAUCAUAAUAUUCAGCUCCCGGGAGUUAAUAAAGGGUUUUUGGUAGUUUUACAUUGUGUUUGUGAAGUUUUGCAAAUCUGAACAGUACCAGGCUUUUUAUGUUUAUGGCAGAAUACAGCUGAAUUUUAGCGCUUUUCCCACCCCAGAAAAUUUCUUCACUGGAACCCAUCAUAAUCUACCCUGGGUACCAGAGGUUUUUCCCGCGUACGGCGGGAAUUUUCGGUGUUGGCCGAAGGCCGACACAUCUUUGGCCGUAGGCGCGAGUUCAUUAAAAGACUUGACAGAAACCGGAAACCGCGCUAGAAAAGUCUCUGGCACCCAGGGUAAUCAUAAUCACCAUCCUUCCAAACAACCCAAGCUCUACUCAGAGGGUCUACUAAAGCGACAAAUCAUUGCAAAAUAUUAAAUACAUCUCAUCUCAAAUACGUUACAUCUUCUGGAAGAAUUUUAAUGUUAAAAUUAAAAAUGUAAAUGACUUGCACACUACUUAGCCUGUGUGAAGGGAAAUGGGGACUUGCACGCAGGCUGAACUUUACGUACCCUUCCCCCGACAGUAUUUUGAGUUUGUAGAAGAAGCUGAGUGGGUAGUGGAAGUGAUGAAGUCCACAGGGAAACCAACUGCCAUCACAAUGUGUAUUGGACCUCCUGGGGAUGCCAACAGUGUACCUCCAGGAGAAUGCGCGGUGAGACUGGCAAGGAAAGGUAAUGUGGAUUGUUUGGUGCUUCAUGGUUCAUAUACUAGGCUGAUUUAGCAACAAGGCGGGAACGUCAAUUGGCGCCGGGAGAGCGCGCAGAAAGGACUAAACACGACUUCCGGUGCCCAAUUUGCCUCUCUGCCGUUGGUCAAGCCUUCAGGGCGGAAAAACGUAAUGAGCAUGCGUGAACUUUUUUGCCCAGAUCCCCGGGCCGGGUUUGAAAAAAUGGCGGGAUUUCAAAUAUUUUAUUGCCUAAAAAUAAAAUGUUUUCACUCAUAAUCUGGAAAGAACAGGCAAUUUGUCUUUAAAAGUUGCAAGCUGUGGUUAUAACCUUGUCGUUACUUAAUUUUCUCGAAGAAUACCUCAUAGUAAAACGGAGUUUAACGACAUUAAUUUCCUUGCGUUGUACUGGAAAUGUGCAUGCGUAGCUCCGAUUUUUUUCGAGAUGCAUUCACAAAAAGUGUUCAUAUAAGGAAGUUUCUGGAUAUAUAAGCUCCGGAGCUUCACUGUGGACACAAAAACAAUAUAUCUUUGGACAGUGAUUUGCCCAAAACAAUUAAUGCUUGCCCACAAUGUGUUUGAAGUCACUGAACUUUGUCGCACUCGAGGUGAUAUUUUCAAUCCCUCUCUCGAUCUGACACGCAGUUUCGCAGAUCACUAAAACAUAAACAAAAUCCUCAAUGUAGAAGUUAUUGAGUUGACAUGUGGGCAGAAAAAAGGUCAAUCUUUAUCUAGAAAAAUCUUCCCAAAAAUCGAUUUCAAAGCAACUACAGUUUUUUAAACUUGCUCGUUGCGCAGAUAUAUAAAUUUUGCCUUGUGUUGUCAAGUUGAACACGCAUAACAUCUGUCAAAAACCUACGCGUCAGUAGGAUUUCCUUCAAACAAAGUUAAAGUUACCUUAUUUCAAAAACGUCUUGCUGACAAUGAAGAAAUGAAUUUUCUGUGCGAAAACAACCUACCUAAAGAUCUUAAAAGCAAAAGAUCAGUUGCAACUUGGCAGCCUGCAAGCCAUGAUUCACCAUUUAGCUAUUUUCAAUAAGCCUACUCAGGGUCCAUGCGAAGGUCUUCGUUAAAGCAAAUUAAUCUCAGCCGAUCAUUAGAAAAAAGAGAAAAUUGCACAUAAGGGUUUGUUUUGCUCGCCUCAGUCAAAUCAAGCUGCAGCAAUUGUUUACGGGAAAAGAGUCAGUUGUUUUGCAGUCACUGCCAGCAGUUGUCGUUCUCUACUUCACAGCGAGUGAAAAGGACAAUUUGCGUACAGAAAGUUAUUCUUAUAAAGAACAGAAACUCUCACAGUGCACUGGAAAACAAAACUGUGUAAUGAAAAAUGAAAAAAACUCUGACUGUUAUUACUUGAGCAACAGAAAAAUGAUCUUGAGUAAGCUUGCUGGCCUUCUAUUUCCGAGAAAGUUUAAUAAGCGCACAAGUUUGUUCAUUCUGAUGCGUUAUAACAGCAAUAUGGUUCUUUGACUGAAGACAAAGAUAAAGCUGGUUCUGCAAAGGUAAUAAAUCUGGGCAUGUAAAAAAAGCAACCGUAACUACUAAUAACAGAAUACAAGCGGGUUUUAAUUCAGUCCGGCGAAAUCAACUCAUAAAUUAAUCGGAUGCACAAUCAGAAAAAUACUCGCCUCUUAAGAAAUGUUCAAAACCUUUUAUUCCACCUCAGACUGACGGAAUGAUCCGUUUUCCCUUUAACAUUGGUUGUUCUGAAUCCAAAGUAAUUUUCAAGCGACGACAAAAAAAGCAAACAUGUCAAAUAAAAAUGCUUCACAGGGAGCAAACGUUCCCACCUCGUGCAUUUCACUCAGAACUCCAGAAACAAACAAACACAGUCAACACACAGAAAAGCCCGCCUUGAGCCUGCGAUAAGAGAUGCGCAGAAGCUUGCGCAGAACGUUUUUCCGCCCUGAAGGUCAAGCCAGUUGUUUGAUUUGCGCGCGCCGUUGUCAACUGACGUUCCCGUUCUGUUGCUAAAUCAGCCUACUUUCUCGUCUACUGGCAACGCCAUUUGCAGCCAUUAGGUAUCUUAAUAUUAAGUAGCCUGAUCGUGAGAAAACAGCCGACAUUUUGUGACGUCACUGUACAACUGGUUUCCCCGCGAGAUGACGUCUGAGAAACGAGGGCAGAAAUUCCAUACUGAUGGCGCGUCACUACCCAGAUAUCUGGUAAUGUUUUUAACUGGAUGAAGCAAAUUUUCAACCAAUCAGAAGCACUACCCCAGAUCUGGGUAGUGACGCGUCAUCAGUAUGGAAUUUCUGCGCUCGUUUUUAAGACGUCAUUUCGCGGGGAAACCAGUGGUGUAGCGAAAUGUCCGCGGUUUUUUUCUGGUUCAAUGUGAAGCUUCAGUAACGACGACAGCGACGGCAACGAAAAUAUUAGUUAUAAGGUGAUUUUUAGCUUGCAAUUACAGCCGUCUCCUAUCUCUCAACCCUCCUUGAAGUCAGUGGAGUAUCGGAUACUUCGGUUUUUCCCAAACUUGAAUUCUUAUGUAUGCUUUUCUUUCUAUAGGCUGGUUUUCACUAGCGACGGAGUCGGAGUCGGAGCCGGGAACUUUUCCUUCUAGUGAAAACAGCGUUCUGAUUCCGCUUACGACUCGGUCGCUUACGAUAAAAUGAAGGUUGUCGAAAUCGCAAGCAGAAGCAGAAGAACUAAACCAAUCACAAAGCGUGGGAUGAGCAUUGUGAUUGGUUUUUCCAUUUGCUUCUACUUCUGCUUCCGACACCGACAAUCUGGUUUUCACUAGAUCGUAAGCGACGGAAUCAUAAGCGGAGUCAGAAGAAAAUAAAAACGUUCUCAUUUUUCCGACUCCGAUUCCGCCGCGCUUAUGACUCUGCUUACGACUCCUUUUUUUGAUUUUCACUUGGUCAUAAGCGCGCUUGCGACUUCUCAUGACGAUUCCGACUCUGACUCCGUCGCCAGUGAAAACUAACCUUAUCUUAUACAAACAGGAGCUGACUUAAUUGGAAUCAACUGCCGCUUUGGUCCGGACGAGGCUCUACAGGGGAUAAGACUGAUGAGAGAUGCGUUGGACAAGGAAGGACUCAAACCUUACCUGAUGAUGCAAACAAUCGGUUAUCAUGCUCCGGAUGGUGGAUUCAGAGGGUUCAUUGAUUUACCGGAGUUGGAAUUCGGUGGGUUAAACAGUUUGUCCCGCUAAUUUGGCUGCAGUUCAUCUCACCCCCCUGGCGUUUUAUGUAGGGUUUAAUUUUCCGACAGGCUACAUUCACCCCGGUGAGAUAAUUCCAUGUUAUAGUUAUAUGCAGGUGCCACAGGAUAGGGUGCGGUUUUCGAGCUACUCCAUCCUUGAAUAAGCUUUUCGUUUUGGUGCCUGUUGUAAUCCUUUGAUCGGGUUCUUUCGUGGGCCUGCUACUUUCAGAACUAUACGAUACAUUGAAAAGAACAGGAACUUCGCUGAUGUUAAUGCAUAAACAAAACUAAACAACACUUCGUGCAUUUGAACACUAAACCAGUACUUAACGAGGGAUCGAGGUCCAGAUGUGAGACUGAGCCAAUCAGAAGUCGAGCCAUCGAUCGUCUUAAGACCUUUAAGCUCCAUACCCUGGUUGUUCAAACGUUGGAUAGCGCUAUCCGCCGAAUAAAUUACUCUCCAGCAGAUAACUUUUAGGGAAACCAAUUUCGUUAUCCGUGGGGUAGAGAUUUAUCCGGUGGAUAUAGCUUUAUCUACCAUUUGAUUGGAGCAUUUAAAGAUAUUUCCAUAGUUUUUGUUCUCGUAUAGUCAUGCUGUGCCGAGCAAGUUUUUAUUCGCUUUCCUUUAGCUCUGGAGCCACGAACACUAACUCGCUGGGAUGUGCAUAAGUACGCUCGACAGGCCUAUGAUUUAGGAGUCAGGUAUAUUGGCGGAUGUUGUGGAUUUGAACCAUACCACAUCCGGGCUAUCGCAGAAGAGGUUGGUUCCUUUAAAGUGAUUUAUGUCUACCUUGUGAGCAGAAGUUUCUCUCUUGCAUGACUUUUUGUCGUUCGUGAAUGCUUAAAGCCAUGCCGAAAAGAAACCUCGGUCAAAAAGAAUUAUGUCCAAUCCUUACGCAGGAAGACAGCCGUUUAGGUGAUGGAGUGUGGUGCGAAGUCUCGCUGUUUCCCCCUACGCGCACACAUUUACAUCUACAUAGGAGAAGGGGGGGGGCUCCUGCAAAAGGUAUACCCAUCACUGCAAUACAUCUCUUUGCACCUCCCUCGUAAUUUGAAGGCGUGGAACUUUACACUAGUUGCUACAACCAGUUGCAAAAAUGUUGAGACACUCCCACGAAAAAACGACCUUUUUUGCUUCAAAUCGCUGUUGGUUACAGGUCUGUGAGAUAUAAUACUGACCUCCCUCCUCCCUCCCAUUCAAAGUUGUUCCUCCAUAAGGGGAAGAGGAACAUCACAAGCACAAGAUCAUGGACAGGCCGUUUACGCCAAAAUACGGUACAGUGUCUCAAGUACUUUUGCAACUGGUUGUAGCCUUCACUUGGGCUCUUUAUAAAUUAUUUCCAAAUAACUGUUAGAGUGACUUGUGAGACACAUGUUACCUCAAAUGUUAUUCCGUGAGUUUUGUGUCUUGGUUCUCCUUCAGCUUGCUCCAGAACGAGGCAGGUUACCUGCCGCUAGUGACAAGCACAGUCCCUGGGGAGAAGCACUUAAACAUCACGCGGUAGCUGAAAUCCGAGAAAGGUACAUCUGAUAGGGCACUGGGGAAAGUUAAAGGCCGCCAUUUACUUUAACCGCGUUCUUAAGUGUCAAAAGUCUAAAGUGUUUUUCUUUCUAUCUCAUACCGAGAUUUCUUUUGCUGCGGAGUGGAAACACAAGCAAGGAUGUUUAAAAUAGAAGUUUAAUGUCACAAAUUCUUAAUUUUACUCAAAUGAUAAGCGUCUUUUUUCUUGAGCAAAUGGCAUGAAAUGGCACAGAGGUGGCACGGACAAUUUUGCAGUUCUAGUUUUCAGACAUUUGCGGAAGGAAACACUGGUGCAUGUAGAAAAAUAUUCAAACAUUUUGAUAAAUAUGGCUUAAAAACACUAUUACUGAUACACAAGAGAGGAUAAAGUCUUAUCCUCACUUGAAAUACAUUGAACUGUUUAAUAUAUUACGAAUACGGUGUUAAUUUUUAAAAUAAUAACCUUAGCUUUAAAGAUUUUUGUGGAUUUUGCAAUUUCUCUCGUUUGACUGUGGUCAAUCAUUUACCAUUGUGACCCACUCCUCUGACACAUUAUAUGUUUGGUUUUAUUUCAGAGCUAACCGAGCCUACUGGGAGAAUCUAAAACCAGCCAGCGGCCGUCCGUUUUGUCCUUCUUUUAGUGGUCCUGGAGGAGCUGGAAAAUCACAGUGAUGACAAAACCAUGUUCAAAAAAGUUAUCUUAGAGUAUUUUUAAAAUUAAAAAACGAAAAAAGCUAGGUCUUUAUCAUGCCGUUGCGCGAUUUUAAUUGUGUUAAAGAAGCGACUUUGAUCAAUUCAUAGCUAGGUUUAAGGUUCAUUUCAACUUAGGUAUUUCGAGAACGGACCUUUGGAGCCAGGGUACACAUUUUGUAAAGCACAACUGUGAACGGUUUACUAGAUCCGGGUGACAAUAUAUGUUCAGGAUCUUGUUUGGAACUUGCUGUCCAAACGAUAGAGGCUUUGUUAGCCGUGCUAGCUUUGCUUUAUUUAGAAUACCAGAAACAAUACUCUGAAUGCUGUUGACAUUAGCAUACCAACAAUCUUGUGUGCUGCAUGUCUUUCUUCAGCCCUAAAUUAAAUGAAAACUCCCAAAAGUUUCUCCUUGAAAAGUAUGUAACCUGAAACUGUGAUACUUUGCAGAAAUACAGUGCAUAUGAAAUUGAAGAACUUGUCAUAUUUGAAUUCUCAAAUUUCGUUUUUGUGACGUCGC